CGUCGCGCCUCCACCGCCGCGCCGGUGCCGCUGCCGCUAACGCCAUGGUUUUGUGGGGCGAUUAAUUUCUUUUUCGACGACCUUCUCGUGAUCUCGGACUGCUGACAGAGGGGGCUGCCAUGCUGGUUUCUUUUCUCCUUAAGUCUUGAGCGUACCAGGCCGCGCUGCUUGGACGGACAGCGCCUGUGUACACCCGCAACUCCUUCCCAUUUCUCUGAGCUCCACCCUCACUCGUGGGUGACCUCCCCCGGGAUACGGCCUGUGGUGUUUGGAAGGCUUUUAUUCUAAACUUAGAGCGGGCAUCCCUCUAAAUGGAUUGACCUAUGAGUACCCCGAAUUGAUUGGUUGUGGGUGACUCCCUGCCUGCGUCGUCCUUAGAGAGUGGAAAGGACUGAGAUCGGACGGGCUAGCCCCUCCUGUUGCUCUUAGGUAGCUGGUUUUCAAGACCUGAAUCUAUUUCCCCGCUAAACAAUUGAAACAACCUCCAGCAGCGUAGGAUGUAGUCACUUUUGCAGGCUUCGCUCUCCUGCCCCGCCUCCUCAGCACACACAGACUUUAUGCUGCUUGUUCCUGUGCUACCAGGUAAUAAGUGACAGCUCCCAACUGAACCUGAAAUAAAUGCAGCAGCUUAGGGAUGAAUCUGAACCAAACUUGAUCACGAGAAAGAAGGGGCCGAUGAGAGAAAAAGGCAAAUCCUGGACAGGACACUGGAAUUUUGCCCUGUGCUUGGUCACGAGGUGAGUAGAUGGAGCGCAUUAUACGUGUUCCCUAUGGUUUGUACCAGGGAUAUGGGAACACAAUGGCAUUGGGCCAGCCUGGACAUUCUGAGCACAAACACCCCGACUGGAGGCAAAACACUGGUCCUCCAACUUUUCUGGCCAGGCCAGGGCUGUUGGUGCCUGCGAAUGCCUCUGACUACUGCAUGGACCCUUACAAGAGGGCACAGCUUAAGGCUGUUCUGUCCCAGAUGAACCCCAGCCUUAGCCUUCGACUGUGCAAAGUUAAUACUAAGGAAAUGGGUGUGCAGGUGAGCCCUCGGGUGGAAAAGGCAGUGCAGUGCUCCCUGGGGCCUCGUACCUUGCGCAGCCGCUCUGUCUGGAGCAGUAUGAGCCACAAAACCCCUCUGCCAGCCUGGGGAGUCUAUUCGCCAUCGAUAGGACAUGGGAGCUUGAUCCGGCUAAGGAAGGAUGGGAAAGACAAGGAGAAGAUGCUUUCCACUCCGGAGGAAGCCAGGCAACUGCAGUCAGCACAAACACCAAAGCUGGAGGAGGACAAGUGGGAGAAACUCCAGCAGCAGGAUGACUUGAGGGAGGAAGAUGCCUCCAGUCCUCCAGAAAGGAACAGCAAGCAGGCACAGGUGGCCUCAGUCCAUCAGCUUGGAAAACCCAACUUCCAGUUUUUGGAACCGAAAUAUGGCUAUUUUCACUGUAAAGAUUGUAAGACCAGAUGGGAGAGUGCUUAUGUGUGGUGCAUUUCUGGAACUAAUAAGGUUUAUUUCAAACAACUCUGUUGUAAAUGCCAAAAGAGUUUUAACCCUUAUCGAGUAGAAGCGAUCCAAUGUCAGACCUGUUCAAAGUCUCCUUGUUCCUGUCCUCAGAAGAAAAGACAUACUGAUCUGAGAAGACCUCAUCGACAGGAAUUGUGUGGUCGCUGCAAAGACAAGAAAUUCUCCUGUGGCAAUAUUUAUAGCUUUAAAUACAGCAAAUCAUUAUGACUUGUACAGGACACCCGAACUACUUUGGUACCUACUGUGCUAUUUAACUUUUUUCAAAUUAGCUCUCACCUGGUAUUAAAACAUGGAUUAAGCUUUUGUACUUUUUGUAGUUUGUAAAACAAUUGUACCAUAUGAAUAGAAUAAAAUAAAUGCAUGUAAAAUAUAGCAUGAAGGCACAUUAAUUGGUGAUGUCAGGAUAAAACAUCAAUAUAGCAUGGGAAUUGGUAGA